AUGGCAUCUACACGCCGCGCAUGGGUUGUUGACAACCAGACCGAGGUCCUCUCCGGCCUCGUCUUGAAGGAUCUCCCGCUGCCUGAGAGCAUUGGCCAAAACGAGGUCCUUGUCGAGAUCAAGGCUGCGUCAAUCAAUUAUCGCGACGUGGUUAUGGUGAAGGGUUCCCUGAACAUACCAACUGCGCCCAGUGUGAUUCCCGGCUCUGAUGGAGCAGGUGUUGUGCUGCAAGUUGGCUCGUCCGUCAAGGCACUGGCACAAGGCGACGCCGUGGUGACGCAUCUCGUCCCUGAAGACUUCCCAUCCGAGGAGCUGUACGCCUUGGAUGACGAUACUCUGCCGCUCAUGGCACACAUCACAGCUGGACUGGGCGGCGCACUCAACGGAACCCUGACAACGCACGCCAUCCUCCCUGCGUCAUGCCUCGUAAAGUUUGACAACCGCGCCCUGUCAUUCGAGGAGGCCGCUACGCUGUCGUGUUCGGGCAUCACGGCCUGGAACGCCCUGAUGGGCCUGCCAGGACGUCAAGUAAAGAAGGAUGACUGGGUCCUCGUCCAGGGGAGCGGAGGUGUCAGCGUGGCAGCUCUGCAAUUCGCGGUCGCAGUGGGCGCCAAUGUCGUCGCAACGACUGGGAGCACCGGAGAGAAGGAGAAGAGACUGCGACAGUUGGGCGCGAAACAUGUCAUCAACUACCGAGCGACCCCUGAGUGGGGCACGGAGGCGCGAAAGCUGACGCCGGAUGGCCGAGGCUUCGAUGUUAUUGUCGACGUCGGCGGCCAUUCGACGCUAUCGCAGACGAUGAAGGCGAACAAAGUCGAUGGGCUGGUUGUGUUGGCGGGCAUGCUUGGCCAGAGUGAUGACUCGGUGCCUUUGAUGAGCAUCCUGAUGAACCCGUGUACCACACGAGGUAUCAUCUUGGGAACCCGCAACAUGAUGAGGGACAUGAUCAAAAUGGCCACUGACACUCAAUCAUUCACGUUGGACGGUCUGAAGGACGCAUUGGCGAGGAUGGAAGCGCACAAACACUUUGCCAAGGUUAUUGUACAAAUUGGUUGAAACACUAAGGACAGCUGAUUAGCGUACGUACACCACCGCGCAUAGUCAAACCCAUGAUAACGCCUGAUAUGCUCGCUAUUCACCCGCCCCCCUAUCAUGCACCGACACUGAAACCGAAAGCACCAUCAAAGACGUCCAAUGCCUGGACAUCUCGCUCACCGCCCCUCAGUGCCUUGAGAACAUCGGUCGAGGGGACCUUGUUGGCUGGGUAGAACAGCAGCAGGUUUUCCAUGUCCUCCUCUGUCAAAUCGCACAUCUCCUCCCACUUGUACGCGUCGCUGACUUUCGACA